CGCCGGGAUCGCCGCGCGCCGAUGCCGCCUCCCAUGGUGCCCCGCGCCGGCUGAAUGGGGCAGAGCCAAGAUGGCGGCGAGCGCGGCCCCGGCGGGCGGCGGGUCCCUGUUCGAGUGCCCGAGCUGGGCAGGGAAACCACCACCUGGCUUACACCUGGACGUAGUCAAAGGAGACAAACUCAUUGAGAAACUCAUCAUUGAUGAGAAGAAAUACUAUCUCUUUGGGAGAAAUCCUGAUCUGUGUGAUUUUACCAUUGACCACCAGUCUUGCUCUCGGGUCCAUGCUGCCUUGGUCUAUCACAAACAUCUCAAGAGGGUUUUCCUCAUAGAUCUGAACAGCACACAUGGCACGUUCCUGGGUCACAUCCGUUUGGAAGCUCACAAACCCCAACAGAUCCCCAUUGACUCCACGGUUUCCUUUGGAGCCUCCACCCGUGCGUACACGCUGCGAGAGAAGCCGCAGACGCUGCCCUCAGCCGUGAAAGGGGACGAGAAGAUGGGUGGUGAGGAUGAGGAGCUGAAGGGUUUGCUGGGGCUGCCAGAGGAGGAGACAGAACUGGACAAUCUGACAGAGUUUAAUACAGCCCACAACAAAAGGAUCUCCACACUGACCAUUGAGGAAGGGAACUUGGACAUCCAGAGGCCAAAGCGAAAACGGAAGAACUCCAGAGUGACAUUCAGUGAUGAUGAUGAGAUCAUCAAUCCAGAGGACGUGGACCCAUCUGUGGGGCGGUUCCGGAACAUGGUGCAGACAGCAGUGGUCCCUGUUAAGAAGAAGCGCCUGGAGAACGCGGGCUCGCUGACCACGGACGAGUCUGCGUCACGGCGCAUGCAGAGCUUCCCCUACAGUGGAGGAUUGUACGGGGGGCUGCCCCCCACCCACAACGAGGCGGGGUCGCAGUCCCACAGCGUCCACGGCACCGCGCUCAUCGGGGGGCUGCCCAUGCCCUACCCCAACCUCGCCCCCGACGUGGACUUGACUCCAGUUGUGCCCUCCACAGUGAACAUGAACCCGGCUCCAAACCCUGCUGUCUUCAACCCUGAAGCUGUGAAUGAACCCAAGAAGAAGAAAUAUGCCAAGGAGGCCUGGCCGGGCAAGAAGCCGACCCCGUCCCUGCUGAUCUGAGCCGGGCUGAGGGAGGGUAGGAGUUACCAACUCCAGAAACUUUUCAUGUGCGGUAUCGUCUUUUUAAAAUUUCGGUGUCCUAACAGAUGUAAUACCAAGAAUGGAGGAGUGAAAUAUCCUUUAAAGAUCUGUCUUCAAAUGUUUUUAUAUGUCUGUUAAAAAAAAAAUACAGUUCCCAUCUCCUUUUGAACCAAAACCCCUACAGCCUUUUCUUAGCCACUGCUGUCCCAGAGGUCUUUAUGCUGAGUUUGGAUCCGUAAGUCAAGGGGCAGUGACACAAUUUAAUUAUCACUUAUGGCAUGACCCUGCAGGUCCGUGUAUUUCAGUGUUGAGCUCUUUGUGGUGACACUGUUCCUGUUGGACAUGCUCACAGCAGGCAGCUCUGUCAAGAGGAAAUGUUUGUGGGGCCAAGUCUUGCAGAAUCCCAUUGGAAGGAGUUGUAAAACUUGCAGAAUAUAGGUCAGCUUUUAUUUUUUUAUAUUUUCAAAACUCCACUAAUGUGGGACAUUCUCUUUUUUUAUUAUUAUUAUUAUUUUUAGUUUGGCUACAGCUUCUUUUAAUUUCCUCAUAAAACACUAGAUCAUCCCACGAGUCAUGAGUUGAGAUGGAUGAGCAACAGGUGGGUUCCUCAGCUUUGUUCCAGUGCUGCAGAAUGGGGUCUGUGGGAUGGAUACAGGCUGCAAACUGUUGGAGCAUCCGAGGAUCAGGCACUGUGUGGUGACUCCCCUGGAUAACUCAGGGUGUGACACAGUGGAGUUUCUUUUAGACUUGGUGGCCCAUGUAACUUAUAUAGUUUCAUUUUUAUUUGCAAAUGGAACUUUAAAGUUUAGAUUGUAUGAGAUUCAACAAGACAGAGAGCUGGAAGGACUGGCACGUUCCACACACACAAAUAUUUUGGCUGCUGGGAACUGCAGGUGAGAAUUGAGUGCUGCAGAGAGCCAGAAUAGGAAUUCUCAGUGGACUUGGGUUGUUGCUCAAGCCCUUUAAUUCCUUAGGUUUAAAUUUGAAAGUGAUUCACAUACUCAGACAUAUUGUGGCUGUACUUUACACAAGGUAAGGCCAGAGCUCUAUUAUUGUGUUUACUCUGGAUUUUUGUACACACUCUAAAGCAGUUCAGCCACAAGUCACAUUCCUUUAGUGUUUGGGGGAUCCAGGAAAUGUGCACCAAAAUGAGAGCAUGUACCUGGCUGUUCACUGUGUGCAAGGACUGCAGCUACUUGGGGAACUAGUGCCAGGUUGCUGGAUCAGGGCUGUGUUCCAGUGAGCUGGGAUGGUGCAGGAUCAGGGCUGUGUUCCAGUGAGCUGGGAUGGUGCAGGAUCAGGGCUGUGUUCCAGUGAGCUGGGAUGGUGCAGGAUCAGGGCUGUGUUCCAGUGAGCUGGGAUGCUGGAUGGUGCAGGAUCAGGGCUGUGUUCCAGUGAGCUGGGAUGGUGCAGGAUCAGGGCUGUGUUCCAGUGAGCUGGGAUGCUGGAUGGUGCAGGAUCAGGGCUGUGUUCCAGUGAGCUGGGAUGGUGCAGGAUCAGGGCUGUGUUCCAGUGAGCUGGGAUGCUGGAUCAGGGCUGUGUUCCAGUGAGCUGGGAUGCUGGAUGGUGCAGGAUCAGAGCUGUGUUCCAGUGAGCUGGGAUGGUGCAGGAUCAGAGCUGUGUUCCAGUGAGCUGGGAUGGUGCAGGAUCAGGGCUGUGUUCCAGUGAGCUGGGAUGGUGCAGGAUCAGAGCUGUGUUCCAGUGAGCUGGGAUGGUGCAGGAUCAGGGCUGUGUUCCAGUGAGCUGGGAUGCUGGAUCAGGGCUGUGUUCCAGUGAGCUGGGAUGGUGCAGGAUCAGGGCUGUGUUCCAGUGAGCUGGGAUGGUGCAGGAUCAGGGCUGUGUUCCAGUGAGCUGGGAUGGUGGAUGGUGCUGGAUCAGGGCUGUGUUCCAGUGAGCUGGGAUGGUGGAUCAGGGCUGUGUUCCAGUGAGCUGGGAUGCUGGAUGGUGCAGGAUCAGGGCUGUGUUCCAGUGAGCUGGGAUGCUGGAUGGUGCAGGAUCAGGGCUGUGUUCCAGUGAGCUGGGAUGCUGGAUCAGGGCUGUGUUCCAGUGAGCUGGGAUGCUGGAUGCACCUGACCCAUUUUCAGACAGAUGCCCCAAAAUCUCUGUGAGUUCUGUUCUGCAGUGAUUGCUUCUAUCAUGUCCCUGAGGUGCCAGCAGGCAGCCUGUUCUCUUCCCUCCCCACACCAUCACAUCCAGCUCAGACUAUUCCCUGUGUGGAUUUAGCACCUGCUCCAUGAUCCAGCUGUGCUGCUCUGUGUUUAAGUUGCCAUUGAUGAUUCAGCUGUUGGGCGUUUGUUCUGCUUCCCAGUGCUCCCACAAUGACUCAGAAUCUUCCUCUCUUUAGUCUGGCCUAUAGGAUUUUCAUUUCCCAGCCAGUUGCUUUCUGAAGGCAACUCUUUAGGGUAAGACUAGUCAGGACAAACAAAAUUGAGCAGGUUUCCUUAUUUUCCUUUCUGUUUUGGGGCAUUUUUUUGUUUGUUUUAUUUUGGGGGGAAGAGGGUUGGGUUUGGGGUUUUUUGGGAUUUUUUUUUUGCAAGUGGCUCUUUGCAAGAUUUUUCUUGACAAGGGAAACUUCACUGCUCGUUGUUUUUUAAAGCUCUUCUCCUCCCAGACUCUGAACCAGCUCUUAUUAUUUCAGAGCUUAGGGGCCACAGCUGGCCAGGAGGGGACAGGAACAUCGAGGGGCUUUGUACAGACAUUUGUACACUUGUGUAAUAUGUAAUAGGCCUUUUCACACUUCUGUUGAGCUUUUUACCUGUAACCUUUACUAUGUUGUAAAUUAAAUGCAGUUUUUGCCAGG